AUGGAUGAUACAAAAUUUAGUUAUGAAACAAUUGUAUCUCUAAGUGGUGAUGAAAAUAUUCAUUUAUUUUCAUGUAUCAAAGUUCUUGAUAGCAUGACAACAAGUUCAAUUGGAUUUGAUCAAAUUGCAAGUGCUCAUAUACAACUAAUGAAACAAAUUCAAGAGCAUCUCUCUUUAGAAAUACAUUUAGCUGACGUUACAAAAAUCAAUUCUGAAAUCAAUGAAAUACUUACAACAGAUGUUUUUCCAUUGGUUUCUAUUCGUUAUCGAGAAACUACUGAAGAAAUGAGAGCUAUGGUAAAAGAGCAAGAACAAUUAAUGUUAAAUAUAUAUUUGAAAAAAAACUUAGAAGAAGAUGAAAAUAUUGAUCAGUCCAUUCCAGUCGAAUCGCUUCACAAUACAUUUUCAGAGGGUAUCGACACAUUUGCCAUCAAAAAUAAAAUUGAACAAAACAAAUUACAAAUUCAACAAGUAUCAUAUUUUGCUCUACGAUCGUUAACAUCUUUAUUGCUAAUGUUUAUCAAGUCAGCAGAAAAAAAUGAUCCAACAUUUGUUCAAGAACUUUUAACAUUAACAAUUCAUUUAUGUGAUCAGAUUCCCAUGAUCAAUUUUACAGCAUCUGAUUCAUCACCACUCAUCGGUAAACAUUGGUUCCAAUCAUUGCAACCGUUAACAAAUUACUUUCAUGAAUUAUCAUUAUCGAAAAACCUCAUCGUAGCAAACAAAUCUAUGAAAAUUUUAUUGAAUUUUGCUAUUGCAAAAGCAUCAUUUAAAGACAUUCUAACAAUUCUAAGAAAACUCUUAUUCAAUAAAGUUCAUGUUUACAAUGUUCAACGUUUAUUCACGCGAAUGAAUAAUUGUUUGAUAGAAACUCUUAAUACGAUGCCAAAGAAAAAGCAACAACAACAAAAUAAUAAUUCUGAUCAUAAUUUUGAACAAGACAUAGAUGAUGACACAGUAGCCAAUGAAACAACAGACUAUUUGAAAGCAAUUGGUGUAUUUCCAAAUUCACAACUAGUUCAAUUAAAUGAAAAAGAAUUUACUGGACCAUUUGUCGCAUCUGUUGUUUUGGCACAUAUUGAUUUUUAUAAUCGAAUUCAUUCAGUUGAACACUUAAAAUAUGGUUCAAUCGAUAGUUCAAUUUCAUUCGAAUUUCAUCCGACUACAUUUGAACAGUUAUUUCAUAUUAUUGAACAAUUCAUAGCAACCAAAAUAAAGGGUUCCAAUAUGAUCAUUUGUCAUAUUCUGACUGUUUGUUUAAGAUUAUUCGCAACGCAUCUGAAAUUUUUAUCUAUAGUAUCAUCAACUCUUGAUCGAGAUUUGUUAUCGACAAAUGAGAAAUAUAGAAAAACUAGUCGAAUUUCUUCUAGUAAAUCAAAAUUUGACAUUGAUUUAACUAUAUUUGCAAACGAUCAUCAAUACCAAUUAUGGUUUGAUUUAUUAUUAAAAUUAAUUUGCAAUGAAGAUGAAAUUUUACGACAGGGACAAAUCCGUCAAGAAGCAUCAAAAGCUCUUAUGUAUAUUAUCGAUAAAAGAGCAAGAUCAUUUACAGAAAAAUUAUCAUUUUUCUACGCAUAUAUUAUUGAAAAUAAAUAUUCUCUAUUUGUUGAACAAUUAUUUAUAGAAUUGAAGAAAAGUAUACUGUUACUAAGCUGGAUCGAAGUAUUAGUCAAUGAUGAUGAAAAUAACUCAGAGAAAAUGACAGCAUUAGCAAUAUUAUAUUCUUUCGUUGAUAUUUGCUCAAAUCCAUCGAAUGAUAUAGACCUACCACGAAAAAAACAAAUUCGACAAAUUCUAAUUAUGUUUCAAGAACUUUUAUUAACACAAUUAAUUUCACCAUCACAAAUAGAAAAUACUCAAUAUGAUGAUUCAACUCAAAGUGAUUUAUCUAAAUUUCUUAUUUCUCAUGGUUUUGUAUCUUUUAUAACUACUUAUGUCAGUCAUAUUUUAAGGAGUUGUGCUGAUAAUGAUUUAUUGAAUUCAAUUUUUAUUAGUUUGUGUUUAAUGACAAAAACAGAAAAUAUUUUCAAUUUUGACCAAGUCCAGCCGAUAUUCACGAAACUAUUGCCAAUAUUAGUACAAUAUCUAUUGAAGAAUACUAUGAAUCAAGAAAAUUUAUCAAAUAGUCUGUAUAUCAUAUGUUGGUUAAUAGGUAAAAUGAGUAAUGUGAUGAUUAUUGGACCUGAACAGAAUUUUUUUGAGUUAAAACAUAUUGAUAAAUUGAAAUCACUUCUGUUUGCGGGUGGAUGUGAAAAAAUAAUAAUUGAAAAAAAUAAGUAUCUAUUCGAUUUAUACGAAUCGAAUCUUGCUGUUUAUAGUCGAUUUAAAAUAGACAAUCAAAUGCAAGAAUCCUUAUCAUCGUUAUCGGAUGAUGAAUUUUUAAUGUCAAUUUACAAUAACAUUGGUCAAGGUGCACAAUUAAUAUCAAAAAUGAAAGAACAUGUUGAAGAUAGACAACAAUUAUUAAAAUCAAUCGAACAUGAAGCAAAUGAUGCGUGUGCUGCUCUAUUUGCUGUUUAUAUUAAACAUUAUCGUCGAAUUGAUCUUGCUAAAAGAGAAUUACUGCGAAGGGAUGAUGAAAAACCACAUAAUAAAUUAUUAUCAAUCUAUGAAUGUUCAAAUGAUGUUAAAAUAUUAUUUACAACAACAAGAGCACAAGGUGGUAAUUUAAAUGAACUUUAUAAACAAAUUAAAAUGAAUACAUUAUUUUUACUUUUAUAUAUUCGAGAAGGAAAUUUAAUUCCAAUAAUCGAAACAGAUGAAGAUUUAUCAGCAUUACUAAAUCUAACAAAUAUACAACCAAAAAAACGAUUAUCAUUUCAACGACAAGUUUCACGAUGGACAAAAGCAAAAUAUGUUCUUCGUUUACUUCGUAAUACAAUGCAAGCAUGUGUUCGAUUUAAAAAAUUAAUGCUAGCUAAAAAACAGACAAAAUUAAAUCUUAGAAUUGAAAGUAAUUUAAAUCAAUUAAUUGAUACGUUUGUCUAUGGUGAUUUCUACAAGACGACAACAUUAAUAACAAGUGAAGAAAAGAAGUUAGAAUUAGACGAACUUUCUCAAUGUAUGUCUCGAUGUUAUGAGCGUGCAAUGACACGACUAAUUACAUAUCAUUUUAGUCAUAAAUUUAUUCAAAAUCUAUUAGAAAUCGAUGAUCAAAAUCAAAUUGUAACAAUUUUAAAUCUUUAUUUACCUCAUUUAAGAUCUUCCCAUUCAGAAUGGUUCUAUUUAGAAAAUAUUCAAGCAACAAACAAUCAACUUAAAGAACAAAUUCGUGAUGCAUACUAUUCAAUUAUUAAAACGAUUUUCUCGUUUAUUUUACGUUUAUUAACAUUUGAACCAAAAUUAUUAAUACAAAAUAUGUUUCAUUUACUCAAUCUAUCCUAUAAAUCUAUUGAUAUUGUCUGUUUAAAUCAAGAUCAAUUUGUUGAAGUAUUAUUUUUAUCAUUUGUUAGUUUUACUAAAGAAUCAAAUUAUAUCGUUUCACUUGAUACAAAAUUAACUGCAUAUAAUUGGUUUCGUUUUUAUGUAUGUAAAUUAUGUGAAAAUAUCGGAUUAGAUGAAAACAUGAGUAUAUCUAAUGAAAUAGUAAAACAACAACAAUUCGCUUUUAAUAUUAUAAUCUUAAAUGAAUUGAAAAGAUUAAAACAAUUACAACAAUUAUUACCAACUGAUGUCGAAAAUGAAGUUUAUAGUUCAAUAGAAAAUAGAAAAUAUUCAUUAAAUCAUGCUGCUAUUGAUUGGUUUAUUAAAGCAGCAACAGUUGAAAAUGAUAUAUCGAUUCAUUCAAGUAAAUUAUCCUCGAAACGCGAUGUUGAACUUUGUACAAAUCAAUUAUUAGUAUUUUUACUUCGAUGUAUUUAUUUAUAUGAUAAUGUUCGAUUGAUUUGUGCAAAUAUUGAUUAUAUUGAAGAAUUAUUAUAUAUUUAUCGUAGUAGUAAAAAUCAAAUUACAGUUUUACUUGCAUUGAAAAUUUUACGUAAUUUAAUUCCAUUAUUCCCGGAAACAACAAAUGAAAUAGCAAUUAUUACUAUAAAAAAUCUUUUAGAUGAACUUUUAGUCUCAAUUGGUAAUAGUUUUAUGAAACAGAAUAUGACUUCGGAAAUAAUUACUGAAUUGAUAAAUAUCUAUCGUACAGUAAUAUUUUUAAAGUCACCAUGGCAAAUGAUGGCAACACAAUUGAUUUACAAUGCGAUCAUAUCAUUUGUAAAUGAGAUCAAGUUGAAAUCAUUUAACACCAUUGAUACCAUUCAAAUGAACUAUGUUUUUGCAUCAUUAUGUGUUUUUGGUGGAUAUAUCCAGCCAUACUGUUUAGGUUCAAUUGUUAAUGUCUAUCCGAAUGAAGAAAGUAACGAAUAUGAUCUAGCAAUAAUUAUUGAUAUUAAUACCGAUGAUGAAAAUUCAAAUUCAUCUGAAGUCUUGCCCUAUUUCAUUCAAUAUUUGAAAACAAAUAAAACUGAAUGGAUUUCAGGUGAAAAAUUACGAAUUGAAAUCGAUGUUAUGCUACCGAAUCUAUUCUUAUUGAUAAAUAUUAAUGAUUCCAAUCUUACGAUACAUUCCCUUUUUGAUGCACUAGGAUAUAUAAUACAAAUGGAUACAUCAACAACAGAAUCUUUAAUAUUAUUAGAACUGAAACGUCAUUGUAUGUCAGCUUUGUGUUAUAUGUUAAAUGAUAAAAAACUUGUUGAAAUUUUCAUGGAAAAACCUUAUUCAUCAUUUAUCGCUAAAUUAUCAAUGUCGGAUUCUUUAUUUAAAAAUUAUUCAUUACCUGUUGAUUUACGUUUAUUCAAUCAACAACAUUUAGAACAAUAUUGUUUGAGUUUAAAUACUGACUUACGAUUCAAACAAAUUAUAGAAACAGGAAAUGAUAAUUACACUACUAGUAAUAAUAAUAAUAAUCAAAUUUCUCAACAGACAACAAUCAUAGAAAAGGAAGAUAAUACUUCAUUUAUUAUAUGGGAUCAAGAUGAAUUCAAUCGAGAUCCUUUGGUUGUCAACGCUUUAUCAAUGAGUGCAUUGAAAUAUAAUGGAUGGAAGCCUUAUACAUCGAAAUCAGAAAUUGAAUUAUUUGAACGCGGUCGAAUUGGGGAUAAGAACUUGGUUAUUUCUUCAAUGCCACGCAAUUUUAUCGAUUCUAGUCUAAUCAAAGAAUGUGGUGAUAAACACCGAUUUAAUGGUGAAAUCUGUCUAACUACUGAAAGUGAAACUGGAAUAUUUCCAACGUUCAUUGUUGAUAAUCUACAAUUGACUGAAGGUAAAUGGUACUAUUGUGUUCGAUUGCCAAUCGGUGGCAUUGUUCAAAUUGGUUAUGCAACAACAGGAUUUACACCUUUGCCUAGAGAAGGUAUUGGUGUAGGCGAUGAUAAAUACUCAUGGUCAUAUGAUGGAUCACGUGGUACGCUGUACAACGAUGGUGAAUUCAUUGCUCCAUUUGAAGAAAUUUGUUGGAUAAAGAAUGAUAUUUGUGGAUGUGGAAUCGAAAUUAAAGGUGAAAAUAUUCGAAUCAAAUAUUGGUUAAAUGGAAAAUUCUUAGGAACACCGUUUGAACAUCAAGGACAUGUUGGAACAUCGACAGCAAAAUGUAAUAUGUUACCACAUGGUCAUAAAACAACUUAUUUUCCUGCUGUUACUGUUCAUGUACCAUAUUUAAAUGUUGGUUGGUUUGAAUUUAUAUUUAGUCCCGAUGAUAUGGCACGUUGUCCAUUGCCAGAUGGAUAUAAACCAUUAUUAUUGCCGACAUUAAUUAAUAUUGAAAAUUCUAUUGUUCCUUAUCCAAACAGUGCUUAUUUAAUUGGGUUUGAUACUCAACAUUUUUUUCAUAGAAAACGAAGUAUAACUCCGAAGACACUUCUAUGUGAUUUUGUCAAUGAAUAUCAUCUUGAUACUUCAUGCACUCUAGACGAUUAUCAAUUACUACUACUAGAAGAUAGUGGUGGAUUUCCUUUAUCAAUAAAUAGUUAUCAAUCAUCACUAACUAUAAGUUUUGAUUUUGAAAUUUUAAACAAAAUUUCAAACCAUUCAAAUGAAUUAUUUAAUUUUUUAUUGUUUACAUUAGAUGCAACUGAAAUCUGUUCCGUACGAAUUCCAUCGGAUCAAAUUGAUAAUCGAGCACGAACUGCUAUUGUAAUUUGUUCAAAAGAACAAAAAAUUAAAAUCUAUUUAAAUAAUCUAUAUCAAGUAAUUACUAGUAGUUUUGAAAUACAAACCAUGACAAAAUUUAAUUUUCAUAUUUUACCCAAUAUUGGUGCUAGAAUAAAAAAUAUAGGCGUUUGGAAGUAUGCUUUAUGUGAAGAACAUAUUCGACGUCUAUUUACUUAUGGUCUAUCUUAUGUAGCAGUUGAUUAUAGACAAUUGACAGUAUAUCAACAACAAGCAAAUAGUUUUGUCUUUAAUAAAAAUCAAAAGCAUUUUAAUAAUGAAUUACUUGUUCCAUUCAAUGAAUCGUUUGAAGAAAGUCUUUGGAAAAAAAAGAAAGAACAAAUUGAUAUUGAUGAAACAAAAUAUUUUAGAACAAUUGAUGAUACAGAUGAAUCAACAAUACAAUUAUAUGGUAAUAAAACCUAUCUUGUUCUUUCAAAAUCAAUUGAACAAUGGUUUGAAUAUUCACUUAUACUCGAUAUUUCUUUACCGAAUUUACCGACAACUAAUGAACAUAUAACAAUUUUAUCCAUCAACUCAGAAGCUGCAAUUUAUAUUACACACAAGGGUAAAAUUUGUCUAUUGAAUCAUGAAAAAAUAAAUAAAAGUAAACGCAUAUUAAAAUUAAAUGAAUAUAUGCGUUUAGCUAUUUUUGUUCAAAAGAAAUCUGUUGAAAUUUAUAUCAAUGGAAUACUACAUAUUCGUUCGAAUGUUGAUAAGGAUCAAUUUGUAUUAAAAACCAACCAUAUUGAUCUGUUUCGAGAAGCAGAUCUAGAAAUGAAUACCACUAACGAUGAUUUAAUUCGAAUUAAAUGCAAAUCGAUUACAUUUCUUAAUCGAUUAGUAGAACUCGAUUUGAUUAAUCAACAAAUGAAAUCGCCAAAUGAUUCGUUAGUAUCAUUAGUUGCACCACCUUUUUCAUUGAUUGCAUCGAAUUUAAUUGCUAUCGGUUAUAAAGAAGAAUGGAUCAAAUGGGCCAUACAAAAAACAAAUUCAACAAAUAGUCAAGUUCUUGAUACGGUUAUACGCGAAAAUACAGAUGAGUUUUUAAAAAUUGAACAUGAAAACCAACAAAAACGUAAUUUAAUCAUUUUGUUCAGAGUAAAUCCAUCUUUCAUACAGGAAAAAUGGCAUGAAUUAGGAAAUAUUCCAGAAUUCAAUAACGAAGGUAUAAUAACUAUUGGUCAACUGAUAUGUGAUUAUAAAAAUUGCUCAAACGAUUCAAUUCAUAUGGAAAAUAACAAUAACAAUGAAUCGGAUAAGAAUGGACAAGUACGAUUCGAAAAGGAAUGGUAUCAACAAAUGGUUUAUGGAUUACAGAUACCAAAUACGAUAUUCGAAUGGAUGAAUGAUAAAUCAUCAAGAACAGAUCUAAGUGAUAUCUAUCAACUAUUAGAUUUGAGGAAAUCUGAACAACAAUUCACAACUGAGAUAUUAGAUCAACGAAAAAUCAUUCAUAAGUCCAUUCAAUACUCUCAUAAACAAAUUUCACGAAAACAAUAUUUAGAUUCGCGUUUCGCUUGUGAACAUGGUUUAAUAACAAUCUAUGCGCGUAACAGUAUUCUAAAUAUGUUAAAAGUUUGGUCAAAUGAGGAUUCAAGUUCAUUUUCGUUAGAAAAAUUUGGUGAUUAUGCAUUUAUGGUUAAAUUAUUGCGAUUACUAGAUUAUCAUUAUACAUAUAGAAGCUCAUACAUAGAUGAUAACAUGAAUAGAGUAACUUUCUUAAUUCAUUCAAUUCUUCAAUUUGAAACAAAAGAAUUUAUUAAACAAGCAAAUAAAAAUAAAGAAUUUACUAUUGAAAUGUUAAAAAGUAAAGCUCCAUUAUUGUAUGAGUUACAAAAGGAUGUAAUUGUUCAGUUGAUUCAAUUCAUAUUGAACCCUUCAUUAUUAUUAUGCGACUUAGAAAAUAAGAAUACAUUAAUUAUUAAUGAAGAAACACUGAUUAAACAAUCAAAUUUGAAUUUCAUUUUCAAAAUGUUAAAUCUCUUCGUUAAAUUAGCAACUGAUAAAUCAAUAAUGAAACAAAAUGAAAUUGAUUUAUUCCUUCCACUUAUUUUUCGAGCGUCAUUUAUUAAUCUCAUGUUCGAUUUAUUUCUAUUACUUUCAGAACAUCAAUCAAAAAUAAUGGUUCUCCGUCUAUUUGUUACGUAA